GGGGCUUCUCACUGGCCUUCUGCUUCAGAUUUGUUAACAUUAAUUAUAAACAACUGCGCCUCGCAUAUGUUUGUGUUGCAUAUGCGAAGGUUAGAGCUUCUAUUCUUCCUAAAGCAUCGCUAACUGCCAAUACGGAUUUUCAUCUGUUUAACUGUGGCGCUGUGUGACCCAGCUUUAGUAGGUGUAAGCAGCCAUUUUAUCAUCAGGGUGUUUUCCUUUUUCGCGGAAAGUUGGUCACCGCCGACUCAUCGCGGCCGAAAUGACAUAACGAUAAGGGGCACACACAUUAGUUAGUACACAUCUUUAGUUGCGUGACUGCCACCCUAGGAGCGACAAGCUGCUGUCGCCAGCACCAUGCCUCCGCCACCACCUCCCCCGCCCCCGAUGGGGGGACUGGGGCCACCUAAGCUUGGGAACACGAUGACUACGCCAGACCGGUCUGCCCUACUGUCACAGAUUCGUGGCGGUGCCGCGUUAAAAAAAGCAGUUACCAAUGAUCGGAGCGCACCUGUCAUUGAUGGUACCAAAAAGGGAGGCUCCUCAGCAUCAUCAAACAGCUCUGGAAAGCUGGCUGCUCCUCCUGGGUUGGCAGGGCUGUUUGCUGGAGGCAUGCCAAGGUUACGACCUACGGGAACUGCAGUGUCUGGGACAGGACAGCAACCAGCAACCAGUGCACCUUCUUGUGGUCCUCGACAGCCCCCUUCUUCUAGUCCUGCCGUGGGUAGCUCGCACAAGCACUCUGUACAGCCACCGCUGCCCAGCGAAACCCCACCUGUGCGUCGUGCGGCCCCCUCACCCUUCCCCGCUGAUGUGAGCCCUCGUGGCCCACCUCCUGCCCCUCCCCCGUCAAGCCACAAACCCAGCCUGAGUGUCGUGGCCCCCACAUCAGACGCCACCCCGGUGGCUGGCCGUAGCAGGACGGGCCCUCCACUCCCGAGCAAGCCCCCGGGGGUGACAAGGUCCGCCUCCCAGUCGAGCCUCGGGGGAGGCGCCAAGCAGCGGCCGCUGAGGGCACCCGCUGUCAAGCCUCCACCACCACCCAAGAGCCCUGCAGUGGUCACCACGGCAGUCAGUGCCGCUGCUUCCAAGUUUGGCACCAUGGGACCGUCUCAUCACAGCAAUCGGUUGGCGGUACCUGCUGCCCCUCCCUUGGCCCGUAGGCAGAGCUUCGGUGCUCCGGACUCGCGGGACGGUGAGGUUCCGGGGCCCCAGCUCAAGCCAACGGGUCCUCCACCCCCUCCACGCAAUGUCAGCGUGCCUAGCAAUCUUCACCAGGCGCACAAGGCCCGUGCGGUCCCUCCUGCGCCCCCUGCGCGUGGCCAGGCACCUGUCGGGCGCCCACCGCCUCCGCCAAGGGGCCGAGAGCCGCCUCCGCUGCCAACCAGUGCGCCUCCCCCUUUGCCCAGCAGUGGGCCCCCUCCCUUGCCGACCAGCGUCCCACCCCCUUUGCCUACUAGUGCACCGCCUCAGCUGCCCCAAAGGGGUGCCCCUCCCCAGCCACCCCACCAGACGGCAAAGCCCACGGCCAUGGUGGCCCCCACGCGGCCAUCGCCCACACCCCCGCAGAGGAGCUCCUCGGUCAGGAACCCUGCCUCGGCCUCCUCUUCAGCAUUUGAAAGCCGUUUCAGGUUUAAUUCCAUUGACCAGAUUCCUGCACCUCACUAUGUUGCAACAAAAGAUAAAAGGUACCCUAGUAAAGUCGUGCAGAAGCAGAACCAUCAACGCCAGGCUCCCCUGCCCCCAAUGUCGCUGCACGCAAGUGGUUUUGUGGCCCACCAGACCCCUGUCUGACCGCAGGCCAGGGGCCCUGGGCACAAUGCGAGUCACAACCACCCAGAGACGGCAUGCAAAAUGCAGCGGCCAGGGCAGUCCCUUCUUCACCUGUCGGGGGCUCGGGAAGCUCGACGUUACGUUGGUCCCGCUCUGUUGGACGCCACAAGGAGGGGGAACCACAAGGAUGUCCAAGAACAAACGCACCCUGUCGCAGACAGUGCACGCUGCUGGCAUUGCCACUUUUUGCUGUGACACCAUCUUUUCAGUUUUUUUUUUGCAAGUGUCGCAGCAUCGCUGUGUUGUGGUGCCAGGUGCUUUGGCCUUCUCAUCUUUAUAGGUUGUAUGACUCCCCCUUUUUCUUUUCUGCUUUCUUUGAUGGUUUGCUUCUGGCCUCUGAGUUGCAGUAUCACAGUGAAGAAGGGAAAGGAUGUUCGUUUGGGUGCGCUGUGGCUGCCAUCUUCUGCUUAAAGGAAAAAUAUUUUGCACGUGGCGUGCUGUGUUCAAGCACGUAUGACCGCAUUGUUAUGCUUGUGUAUUUCUUUUCUUUUGAAAAGUUUGCUUCUUGGUCGGCAGCUUUGACCGAAUUGAGGCACCUCUAGAAAUGAGGCGUAAGCUUAAGAAUAUUACUGUCAGUGUGCCACUGCGAGCUGAAAUAUUGAGCGAGACAUCUUGUAUUCAGAACAGCACGCAUUAUCCAGCUAAACAGCAGAGAGAAAGAGCUGAUCGUUUUGUGUUAUUGGCCUAUUGCUGAGGCCUGGCGUUUAUACGCGAAAUCACUUUUAUUAUUUUUAUUAUUUUGUAAUGCAAUAACCAAAGCAGAAUAUGCACUGUGCCUGACUGCUUUGUCUUUUCGUGUAGACAUGCUGGACAUUUUUACAACAUCUUUUGCGUAAUUUUUAUGUUUUCCUUUUGUUUUUCCUUUCCUUUCAAAGUAUACUUGCUCACGCUUUCUGCUAUUGCGAUUUUUAAUUUUUGAUAUUACGGCAGAUGCAUGGAAACACGUGCGACCUGGAGUUGCUGUUCCAGUUGUACAUACAAUAUUGAUAGUGCUACACAAGCUGUAUGGAAUCAAAGCACAGGCCUACGAUGUACAUUUGUCAGCAAAGGUCUGUUUCUUCGCUGUACAUAAUUGUUAUGUAAAAGAACCACUGCACUGAUAAAACAGGCUUGUAACAUCUACAGAGAGAGCACUAUUAAGGUAGUGCUGGCGUUAGCUGUAGUUUUUUUUUUUUUUUUUUUCAAUUACACACUCGCUUCGAUGUUGUUUAGCUUGCGUUUUCUUCCAGAUUUACCGUAGUAUGUGGAGUCAUCACUCACUCACCCAGCCCUCCUCCCUCAAACUUGAAGGGGCUCAGCAGGACUGCUUAUUGGCUUGGCUUUUCCACCAUUUUGUGAUGCUUGACCAGUCAUGAAUAGCCUUGUUUAAACGCACUUUUUAAUUUAUUUAUUUCUCGCCAGCCAGUCCUGUUGAAUUGCUUAUACCAACAUAUUGAUGGUAGCUUUAUAUAUUCAAUGAUAGUGUAGAGUGCUCUCCUGAGCAAACGUAUACGGACCAGAAAUUCUGUGAUAAAACCGAUUUUUCUUCUCUGCCUGUAAAUGUAACUUGAAAUUUAAAACUGCAGUCCAAACUUGCAUUGUGAACUUUCCAGUGCACUCGUCAAUUUCAGUUUGCGUGUCGGAAUUGCGAAUAAAUUCAGUUUUUUUCGGCCUGUGGUUCGUACACUUUUGCUUACCGUGUUCAUUGUGAAGCUGUGAGAAAGAAGUGGUUUAAGAACUAAGCCAUAAGAAAGGGUAAAUAGGGGUUCUCCGUGGCUCCUUUAAUUUGACAAGGGGGGAUAAGCAGGGAAACUACAGUAAAUGUUCAUAAGCCUAGUGAAAUGAAUCGUCCAGAUCCGAUGUAGUUUGUAUCACUCACACAGUUUGUGAACACAUGACUGCAGUGGUGCUCAAAACACAUUACUAGCAGACACGUUCUUUUGUGAGAAGCAUUGAGUAUAAAAUAUUGUUCAUAGAACUGCUGCUAGUAUGGCAUGGUCUGUACGACUUUUCGCAGGAUGAGAAAUAUCUCGUUAUUUAAGACAUUGACGCCUUAAUAGAAAACGCAGACGGGCUGGGUGUUGAUGGGUGCAGACUCGGGCUACUGUAGUAGUAGAUUUCUUUUUGCCCCUUGCCAAGCCUUUUUAUUUUUACACAGAUGGUAGCGAACUUUUGUGCAAGCAACAGUCCUUAUCAAUUGUUUUUGAUUAACUGCAUGCUAAAGAAGAGCUUUUCACAAAUAGUUUUUUGGGGGCUCUAAGAUGCAAUCCCUGGAAACCUUUUCCUGUGACUUCACUUCAAUGUACAUUAAAAAGAAUUUAAGUACACACUAUGUUUUCAGCUGUAUCCUAUUCUGAUUUUCGUCUUAGUUUAGUGUUAGUGCACACUUUGCAUUUCAUAGGGGGAGCUGGGACACUGCAUCGCGUCACGCAGUUCAUUUAGUGGCUAGUUGGUUUUUUCGUGCAAUAAACCUCUACUGGUGCCUUCCUCUGGACCCUAUGAAAAACUUAGCUUGUCUUCCCUGCACAGCAAUGCUCCUUUUGUUGCCAUGGUUACAAAGAAAGUGAAGAGGAAAUUUGCUGCAGUAGUGGCUGCAUCAAAGCAUGAGACAGACAUACGUGAUUCUGCCAUUGCACCAAAUCUUCUAUCUGUGCAGAUGUUGGGCUUCACAGAUAGUUCUUGUUGUUUGCUUUAAUGGCCAGUAAGUCUAGUUUAUCAAAUCAUUUUCUGGUAUUUAUGUAGCAUGGGGGAUCUCCAUGGCUGCAGGAAUUUAAAGAUAUAUGCUAGAUUGUGCAAAAAAGAUAAGGCUAGGAGAUUGCAUAUUCUCGCGCCUUUCCAACAACAGACCUACAGGACACUUAAUGUAACAAGCCCUAUUAAACUAAUGCACCAUCAUUUUUUCGUUUACAUUCGAGUGAGGGUAUCCAUCGUUGACUUCCACCGUAGUUGGUAACCGCAAAUGCAAAAGCAGCAGUGUGAAGGAUUGGAGAAUUUCUUUAGUCAAAAAAUGUGGACUAGAGUACACUCGUGAUGAAUUGUACAAGGAAGAUCGGAGGAUAUAAUGGUCCUCACAACAAAUAUAAUGUUCCUCGCAACAGCACAAGUUCUACACAUUAGUGGACCAUGGCAUAAUUCUGAAUACUGAACAGCUCCAAAAUCACCCUUUUACUUCUAAAUUAACGCUUGAGCUUCUCUGAAGGAGUAAGUGUUUGUUUCGUCUAUAGGAGCUCUUAUUGAAGACAUACAGGCAAAUAGUGUUUUGCAGAGAAGGUCACUACUAGUGCUUGAAUAUGGCAUAACGGCACACCUAUGUGCAUCAUAUAGGGUAUUAUCAGUAACAUUAAUUUAUUGGAGGUCUCUGGGGAACUGUUUUAAAAUUAAAAAAAAAAAAACAAGAAAACGGGGGGGGGGGGGGGAUUAAAUUAUUCGCAAGUCUUGUAUUCCAGCUCUAAAUAAAGAAAUUUUCUGCCUAAAAGGCAUAGGCAAGGCUAUGUACAUCUUUAGCGCUCUCUGUCUCUCUCUGUGUGCAGGCGACUGAAAGGCAUUAGAUGUGCUGCACCUAAGUUUUGCCUAGAUGGUAGGCCGCAUCACCAUGCUGGAGCACUGUGCAGGGAAUUCUUCAGAAAAAUUUGCAAAGUGCUGGUAGGCCUAACUGUCGAGGAGUGGUUGUAGAAUUGAACAGCUUUUCAGUUAUGCAUAGUGUGCCAUUUUGCAAACUCUUUGUGAACAUGUUAACCAUGACUCCACUGAGUCAUGUUGAAGAGGUAAUAAGCAGUGGAGGUUUACGUUGUCUAGCAACAUUUUUUCCCCCACUUUGCUUGAAAUUGACUGUCGUUGUGCGCAUUAAUUUUUACUUUCACUGUGGUCACUCCGACAGGUGUGUAAAAAGCUUUUAUACAGCAGUGUCUGUAAAAACAGUGAAGUACCUAGGCACAUGGUAAACUAGUGAGGGAAUUAAGAAGGAAAUAUUAGCUUGUAAAAACAAUUCUUAAGUUCACAAUGUACGUGUUAAGAUACUUAAGGCGGCUUCGGGCAGAUGUGGAGACUACCUUCAGCGCACAAAAUAUGCGUGCAAUUUUGCAGGUUGUGUAUUUCCAUACUUUGCCCUUGCUUAGAAUGACCUCAUGCUGGAUCACUCAUAAAUAAAUAUUCAUUUAUUGAUACUGCCAGAAUUCUGCUCUCACAACUGCAAUAAUGUAAUAGCGAAAAAAAAAAAUUGUGUAAGCCUGCCAAAGCAAAGAAAGUGUCAGCCAAUAAAUAAAAAGAAAACUAAAGGCCACACUUUUUUCCAUAGUGUGUUAAAUCCAGUGCAGUAGAGGCUAGCUGGCAUGUAGUAGCAUCUGUAAAGAAGAAUGACAGAAUUUCAUUAAAUUUUGUCGCAAGCUUCGGGAAAAAAAAAAAAAAAAAAAAGCUUUUGACAAUGCUGUAGAUUUUUCAGUCGUCAGCAGUCAACCAGCCAAAAGAAGAAGUUAUCUAGAUGCCACCUCCUUUAAAAACACCUGAAUUUGUAGUUUUGUAUUAUACUUUAUGUAAACAGCACAUAGCUGGCGCAAGAUCACACACUUUAUGCUAUUGAGUUUACUCAAGUACCUUCUCAACUUGAUUCGAAAGAUGAGUUGCUUUUCCUGCGAGAAACCUGGCAGUUUUCAUUACUGCCAGUUCACUCCAACCAAAAAGUACCGAUUUAAUUAUUUUCUUUUUUUGUCUUCUUCUAUGCAUUAUGCUCCAUCUCAGCUGUUUCCAGGGUACAGACUUAUUUGGCUGCCAUGAAAAAAUAAUGUUUUAAUUUUGGGAAAGUGAUUAUGCGAUGCGCUGUGAUUCUGAAGACGCGGCGUGGCUUUUCUUUGAUGGGGGAAAAAAAAAUGUAUAAGCUCAUAUUUUUCAAUUGCGAACAUUCUUUUUGUGCUCUUUACCUCAAACUGCAAAUCCUAGAUCAGCUUGUGUGGGUGGUAACAUGCUGUGGUAACAUGCCAUUACCUGUGUGAGUGUUUUUGAGAGAGUUUUAACUGUAAAGCUUGUGUAUAUAUACUAUAUAUAAUAGCACAAUGGUUUGAUGCAACAAGGGCUGCUGUAAAGGAAGAAAAAAAAAAGGGAGGUCCCCUUGAAACAACGUUAAGAUGAUGUGCCUUUUUGAGAAUCGCAUGGAUUUUUAAAGCCAGGUUGAGAUUUCUGCACUUUCAACGACAUAGAGAGUAUAUAUACUGCAAUCGUGCCAGUGCAUUUAUUCCCGACUUCUUCCAUUGCCACUGCCUGCUGUGAAUGCUUAUUUAGCAGAACAACCCUCUCUCUCUUUGUAUCACAUGACUGCUGCUGUUGCUGUAAAGAAACAAAGUGUGCGCUGUUGUGAACUAUUUGUUUCUGCCAAUUGUGACAAGUUGUAGAAAUUUUCUUUUGGAAUAUUGAUUGAUUGACCCAAUGCUUUGCUUGAAAAUGUCAUAUAGUCUUCCAUGAUAUUACUAAUACUGUAGUGCAGUUCGUGCAAGUAAAAACAAGUACAUAGGACACAUGUCACCUUUUUAUUGCUUUGCAUAUCUAGUUCAUUGUCCUUCUGAAAAUUAAAAAGAAAAGGAAUUGUCACACUUACCUGUAGCUGGGAUUCCUGUUUGCUACCAAAAAAUUGUAAGAAAAUCUCUGGUGCAGCAGUUUCAAAAUAUUGAAAGCAUGCCUGUGCAUUCUAAACCUCUCCGCGCCUCAACUUUGGAAUUUUCGUUGUUUGCCUGUGUAAAGAACAAUCUCAACAUUUCAGCUGUAGAUGGAGAGAAUGCUCACUUUAUAAAAUGCAUAGCAGUAAAUUAACGCUUAAGUCUUCAGGUACGUCUCGGCUCAAUAUGUUACGUCGUGUCAGUACAGCCGCGCCCUUGGCGCAGUCUCUCCCGAGGGCAGCAGUUACGUAGACUCUACUUUCACUCUUUUCACUGCUGCAAGCACGUGCAAAAAAUGGACUGCUUAGAAAUUUGCACUUAUAGCUGCGCAACAGAAUUAAUAUUCUCGACAAAUUAUAAUUGACCUAUUACUGGUCACGCGAGGUGACGUAGUUUGUGCCACAUUUGGUCCUUUUUUCUUUAUGUAGAGUGACACUUUGAGUCUACUUUCAGGACAAUCUUAUGUGUGGAAAUGACAAUGUCAGUUUGGCAUUUCACCUGUACUAUGUUUGAAAAAUGCAACUUGCAUUGUACUCUUGUGCACUAUUACAUUGGGCUAAACAAUGGAAGAGGCUUUCUUUGAUCAUAAUGUUGCCUUGAUUCUACAUUGGUGUUACUUCAUGUGCACACAGUCACUUAACCAGUGUUAGAUGAGUGACGAAAAGAGGAAUGAAUGUUGAAACAAAUUCAGCACAGUUCUCUUGACAACUAAAUUUCCUCUGUUACAGCUGUUAGUGAAUGUUCAGUAUCGUGCGAGCUGCAUGCGAUCGUGACUUCGCCCACUUAGUUCUGUUAAACAUUUCAGUGAUGUCAACUUUCAACUGAAUUCAGUGAACAGGUGUUGUCCCUGCUUUAUAUUAUGUAUGUGUUCCUUUGUGCUCAUGGUGUUCGGGAGUGCACACCAUCAAAAUUGUUCCGUACUAUUUGCCAGUGAACUGGUGGUUAGUGCUAUGUGGCUGCAUGCUUGUUUUUAGGCUAAUGAUUGCGAUUGUGAGCCUGCCUCGAGUCUGAAUUGAAACUUUUGGCUCCAAAAUAAAAAUGAUUGACUUGUA